AUGUUCUCUCUUCCGAACCGCAAGUUCAGCAUCAACCGGAAUACCGGUGUGCCUCGACCUGCACGCAGGUUCUCCGUCGGGGAGCCUGGCACGAGCGAGGCGAAUAGCAAGAUUCAUAGACAGUUCCGAGCCGCGCACGAGGGUCAUCUGCCGCACGCUGGUCUUGAUGCCAGCCGAGCAUCGACGGGCGUGGUCUGGUGCACGGAGCGAGCCGGCGAGUACGGUUUCUUCGACGCGCCUGAAGAGUGGGCAAACCUAGGUCAAGGUGCUCCCGAGGUCGAAGAUGACAUUGAAGGUUGUUUCGAGCGGCCGACGCAUAUAGACGUCAGCGUUGCUAGCAGAGAGUAUGCACCGACCGCUGGUAUCAAGCCCCUGCGGGAGGCUGUUGCUCAUCUCUACAACGAGCACCACCGUCAGGGAAAGGACAGCAAAUACACCUGGGAGAACGUUGCCAUCGUUCCGGGUGGCCGCGCCGGCUUGAUUAGAAUCGCUGCAGUACUGAAUGAAGCAUAUGUUGGCUUCUUCAUCCCCGAUUAUUUCGCCGCCAUUCCGGUGCCACUAUCCGAGGAAGACGGCUACCAGAUCAACCCCGACAAGAUUGUCGAGGAGAUCCAUCGUGGCACCGGCGUUAUUCUGACAUCGAACCCUCGGAACCCGACCGGCCGUGUCGUCGCCAAUCCCGAGUUGGCGGAGAUUCAGGACAUCUGCAGAGAUCGCGCGACCCUAAUCAGCGACGAGUUCUACUCCGGCUACAACUACACGAGCGACUGCGACGGCACGACGAUUAGCGCUGCUGAAAACGUCGAAGACGUAGACGAAGAUGACGUUCUCAUCAUUGACGGUCUCACGAAGCGGUUCCGCCUGCCCGGCUGGCGGGUCGCUUGGAUUCUUGGACCAAAAGAAUUCAUUAAAGCCAUUGGGUCCUGUGGCUCCUACCUGGACGGUGGCACAAAUGCCCCAUUCCAGAUAGCGGCAGUGCCCAUGCUGAAGCCGGAUCUCGUACGUAAGGAGAUGGCGGCGCUCCAGAAGCACUUCCGGGAGAAGCGUGACUACGUCGUGAAGCGCCUACGUACAAUGGGCUUCGUGAUCAAGUACGUGCCCGACUCGACCUUCUACCUAUGGCUGAAUCUCGAGGGCCUCCCGGCCCCGAUAGCGGAUGGUCUCAACUUCUUCCAAGCCUGCCUCGAGGAAAAGGUGAUUGUCGUGCCGGGAAUCUUCUUUGACCUAAACCCAGCACGCCGUCGGGACCUCUUCGAUAGUCCUUGCCACCACUUUGUGCGCUUCUCCUACGGCCCCAGGAUGGAUGCGCUAAAGAUGGGCUGCGACGGCAUUGAGAGGGUCAUCAAGAAGUUAGUAAUCUCCAUUCUUUCCUCCCCAGAGCAUGCUGUUCUGUCUAGUGAACUCGCUAAUGUCCUGUGUGUCACAGAUUCAAGCAUCAAAAAUAGUUGGAACAGAGGACAUCGCGCCUCCUAG